GCCUUUGCUUGUGCAGAAGCACUGCACUCAGUCAGAAACACACACACACACAUCGCCUCAUUCAUUUUCUCUCCACUCGGAAGGGGCAUCCCUGUUCUCUCUCCCGGUUUAUCGGUCUAUCUUUUUUUUUGGUUUCGCAAACAAGCCGCUUUUACUUGCACCAUGGCAAACAAGGAGGAGAAAGCCGAGGGGAAGGAGUCGAGCUGGAACGACUUUAUCUACAACCCGCGGACGGGGGAAUUCCUGGGGCGCACUGCGAGCAGCUGGGCUCUCAUCUUCCUCUUCUAUCUGGUCUUUUACGGCUUCCUUGCUGGGAUGUUCACUCUCACCAUGUGGGUGAUGCUGCAAACACUGGAUGAUUACACACCCCGGUACAGGGAUCGAGUCUCCAACCCAGGUCUGAUGAUCAGGCCCAAGGAGUUGGACAUCGAAAUAAAUCGCUCUAACCCGCAGCAAUACAACAAGUAUGUCCAGGAGCUGGAGAGCUUCCUCAAGGAUUAUAAUGAUGCGCUGCAGGAACAGAAUGAACAAUGCACAGAAGGCGAUUAUUAUGUGCAGGAAGAUGUGGAAAAUGCAAAAGUCUGCCAGUUCAAGCGUAGUCAGCUGCGUCAGUGCUCUGGCCUGGCUGAUACAGACUUUGGAUAUGCUGAAGGACAGCCCUGUGUAUUGCUCAAGAUGAAUCGGGUUAUAGGUCUGAUGCCACGAGGACAGCCAUACAUCAACUGUACAGCCAAGAGAGAAACUCCUCUGCAGAUGCAGUAUUUCCCAACUGAGGGCCACUUUGACAAGAUGUACUUCCCCUACUAUGGCAAGAAAGCACACGAUAAAUAUGUGCAGCCACUGGUGGCAGUGAAACUGCAAUUAAACGAACUGGAUUAUAACACAACCCUGACCAUCGAGUGUAAGGUGGAGGGCUCUGACCUGCGCAACAAUGACGAACGCGACAAGUUCCUGGGACGAAUCACCUUCCGCGUCAAAGUGACCAAGUAGCCAGGAUCGCUCACUGGAGCUGCACGAUGUCCAUCGCUCGCAUCCCAGUCCCACAACCCCGUCCCCCUUACACACAUUUGCGUGAGCUAGCCCCUCGCUCCUCUCAUGUCACACUACCUUCCGACACCGUAAGGGAGCUUGACAUUUAUCUGUACUGUACAAUGAAGGUUGGUUCAGAACGAGGCAAUGGGCUGCUCGUAUAGUAAUUUGUGUGGUAUAUAUAUAUAAAUAUUUAGAUUACAAAUUAUCACCUCUUCCCUUUUACCCACAAACCCCUUCACUGGAAACAAUUAAUUACAAGUAAGUGCACAUUCAACCGUCUUCAAACCAUCUCAGUAAGACACAAUGCUAGUGACAUCGUGCAGGAAGCAGGGACCUGUAAAUAGACGUGUCAGAGCAUAGAGUUUUAUGUCUAUUCCCUCCUAUAGUGCUGUGCAGCCUGCUGUGUGUGAGUGGGAGUGAGAAUGAGUGUGUGUAUGUAUGUAUGUACGUAUGUAUAUGUGUAUGCGAGUGCCAUAAUGUGAAGUCUAUAUGUACAUAUUUAAUGGAUUUUAAAGACACUUUUUUUCUGUAUCAUCACUCUCACUAUGUCUGACUGCUGUAAGAAAUUAAGGUUAUAAUAUUAUAUAUGUAAUAAGAAUUGUAAUUUAAGAUUUUGGAGAAAUUAAAGAUGUUAUUAAGGGCAGGUGGAGCAGGAAAAAUCUAUCAACCUCUUUUUUUUCUCUCUUUUUUUUUGAAAUCCAUCCACCAUCUGAGGAAGCGAUUUUUUUAAAACCUCUGCAGAAACUGUACUUUGUGCAGAUGCCUUAAGAUCUGUAUGGAAAAAAACAAAUAAAGGAGAUUUUAAACAUGG